AUGGAAGCUCUGGACGGAAUCAUCACUGCGGCCUUGAUGUGCCUCGCCAUCUAUUUCUACCUGCACCGGAAGCACUCGUACUGGGCCCGGCGGAAAAUUCCGCAUCUUAAGCCGGAGUUUUUCCACGGUAACAAUCGCCCCAUGCACCGGACGGAAUCGGUUGCCACAAUGUUUCAACGUUUCUACCGUGAGCUGAAAGGCCUGGGACCAUUCGGUGGUGCUUAUUUGUUUACCAAACCGGUAGCCGUUGUGACCGAUUUGGACUUGCUGCGAUACAUCUUGGUUAAAGAUUUUCAAUACUUUCAUGACCGCGGAGCGUACUACAAUGAAAAAGAUGAUCCACUUUCGGCGCACAUGUUCAAUCUGGAAGGAAGCAAGUGGAAAACUCUCCGCCACAAACUAUCGCCGACGUUCACUUCCGGAAAAAUGAAAAUGAUGUUUCCAACGAUCGUGGCAGCUGGGAAGCAGUUUAAUGACUUCAUGGAAGAAAAUGUAAAAAUCGAGAGUGAGCUGGAAAUGAAGGAUCUUCUGGCGAGGUUCACGACAGACGUCAUAGGAAUGUGUGCUUUCGGUAUCGAGUGCAAUUCGAUGAACAAUCCCGAUGCAGAGUUUCGCGUGAUGGGAAGGAAAAUUUUCCAAUCGAAGACAAGCAAAGUGUAUCGAUUCCUGAUAACCGCUGCACCGAAAUUGGCACGGAAGUUAGGAGUGAAGGCCAUAAAACCAGAAGUUUCCAAUUUCUUCAUGGCAGCCGUUCGAGAGACUAUCGAUUAUCGGGUGAAGAACAAUAUUCAAAGGAAUGAUUUUAUGGAUUUAUUGAUCAAGAUGAGAUCUCCUAAUGAGUUUAAAAGUGAUGGCGAGCAGCUUUCCUUCAAUGAGAUAGCUGCUCAAGCGUUUGUUUUCUACAUUGCCGGGUUCGAGACCAGUUCGACUCUUUUGAGUUGGACACUUUAUGAACUGGCAUUGAAUCAGGAUAUUCAAGCGAAGGGUCAUCAGCAUGUUCUUGAGGUACUUGGAAAACAUGGUGGACAAAUGACUUACGAGUCCGUUAUGGAUAUGAAAUAUCUGGAUCAAAUUCUUAACGAGGCCCUGCGGAAGUAUCCUCCCGUUCCGGUGCACCUUCGCAUUGCUGCGAAGGAUUACCAAUUACCGGAUUCGGAAACCGUUAUCGAAGCAGGAACACAACUCUUUGUCCCGGUCUAUGGAAUUCAUCGUGAUCCGGAAAUUUUCCCGGAUCCGGAACGGUUCGAUCCGGACCGGUUUAGCCCGGAAGAGGAACAGAAACGGCACCCCUACGCGUGGACACCUUUCGGCGAAGGUCCAAGAAUAUGCAUUGGCCUUCGGUUCGGUAUGAUGCAAGCUCGGAUAGGGCUAGCUUACCUGUUGAAAAAUUUCCGAUUUACGAUCGGUGAAAAGUGCACCGUUCCACUGCAGUUUGAAACGAAAAGUUUCAUACUAGUUCCUAGGGGAGGUCUAUGGCUGAAAGUAGAAAACAAGCAUGCACAACAGCAAUGGGUAUUUGGUGAUGCUUGGUGGAUAUGCCUAAAUCUGGAAUUGGCAAUACUAACGACCGCAACAUCGGAAUACUAUACCGAAAGUGCUGAAGUGAAAGUCACUGUAAGUAUUGCCAUCUUGCUCUACCAAGCGCUCAGUCACCACGAUAAGGGAUUUGUUGAUCCAGUUACCGAUAUAAUCAGCACUGUCAUCCACCGGAGCAUUAAAAGAUCAGGAACAGCGGCAAUGGAAGUUUCAGAUGGAAUCAUCUCAGUGGCAUUGAUUUGUCUCGCCAUCUAUUUCUACCUGCACCGGAAGCACUCGUACUGGGCCCGUCGGAAGAUUCCGCAUCUUAAGCCGGAGUUUUUCUUCGGCAACAAUCGCACAUUGCAUCGAACGGAAUCGCUUGCCACGGUAUUUCAACGUUUCUACCGUGAGCUGAAAGGCUUGGGGCCAUUCGGUGGUGCUUACUUCUUCACUAAACCUGUAGUCGUUGUGACCGACUUGGACCUGUUGAGGAAUAUUCUGGUUAAAGACUUUCAGUACUUCGAAGACCGUGGAGUGUAUUACAAUGAAAAAGAUGAUCCACUUUCGGCACACAUACUCCAUCUGGAAGGAAACAGGUGGAGGACCCUCCGGAACAAGCUGUCGCCGACGUUCACUUCCGGAAAAAUGAAAAUGAUGUUUUCGACUAUCGUGACCGCGGGAAAACAGUUUAAUGACUUUAUGGAAGAAAAUGUUAGGAAACAGAGUGAGUUGGAAAUGAAAGAUCUUUUGGCAAGAUAUACGACAGACGUCAUAGGAAUGUGUGCUUUCGGUAUCGAGUGCAACUCGAUGAAGGAUCCCGAUGCAGAGUUUCGCGUGAUGGGAAGGAAAAUUUUUGAACCGUCGAGAAGCAAAAUUGACAGAUUUCUGAUAACCGCUGCACCGGGAUUGGCGAGAAAGUUAGGAGUGACUGUUACAAAACCAGAAGUUUCCACUUUUUUUAUGAGAGCCGUUCGUGAAACUAUCGACUAUCGCGUGAAGAACAAUGUUGAAAGGAAUGACUUUAUGGAUUUAUUGAUCAAGAUGAGAUCUCCAGAUGAGUCUAAAAGUGAUGGUGAGCUGCUUUCCUUUAAUGAGAUCGCUGCUCAGGCAUUUGUUUUCUACAUUGCCGGGUUCGAGACCAGUUCGACUCUUUUGAGUUGGACACUGUAUGAAAUGGCAUUGAAUCAGGACAUUCAAGCGAAAGGUCAUCAGCAUGUUCUUGACAUACUCGACAAACACGAUGGACAAAUAACUUACGAGUCCGUAAUGGAUAUGAAAUAUUUGGAUCAAAUUCUGAACGAGGCCCUGCGAAAAUAUCCUCCUAUUCCUGUGCAUUUUCGCGUAGCAACGAAGGAUUACCAAUUACCGGACUCUAAAACCAUUAUCGAAGCAGGAACGCAACUCUUUGUUCCGGUCUUUGGAAUUCAUCGUGAUCCGGAGAUUUUCCCGGAUCCGGAACGGUUCGAUCCGGACCGUUUUAGCCCGGGAAAGGAACAGAAACGUCAUCCCUACGCAUGGACACCUUUCGGCGAAGGUCCCAGAAUAUGCAUCGGCCUUCGGUUCGGUAUGAUGCAAGCUCGCAUAGGACUAGCUUACCUGUUGAAAAAUUUCCGAUUUUCCAUCGGAGAAAAGUGUACCGUUCCAGUGGAGUUUGACAUGAAAAGUUUUAUACUAGUUCCUAGGGGAGGUUUGUGGCUGAAGGUAGAAAAACUGUGA